ACAAAAUAGUUUUGUCAACACUUCCUGCCAUACUCCAACUCAAACUCAAACUCUUACAUACAUACUGUAGAUAUUGUUGGAGUAACUGAAUUCUUUACAAUGGCCUUGAUUCGACGGCAAUUAUUCGUGAGACGACAUGUUCAGUAUUCAUUAUUGAGAAAAAGCACCCGUGCUGAUUCCAUGUUUGAUGGACAACUUGAAAAUUGGAACAAAGACGAAAAAGUGACCUCUCAUAACCACGGUGAUUCCAGUAGCCCUGUGUCUAUCUUGUAUUUGAAUGCAUCUCAUGGGCCCAAAUCUCUGAUUGCUCAAUCGAUGCAAGAGUUUUGGCCCCAGUUGUCAUUCCCAUAUGAGCUUCAAGAGCGAAAUCUCCUCCAAAGCAAACUCAUCCCUUAUGGAUUGGACCAUGUUACGGCCAAAAUGAGAUUGAUCCAUAACGAGGGCACACCGGAUGAUAAAGCCCUGUUCCAACCCGUUUUAGAUAUGGCCGAUGAGCUCAAUCGAACCGACAUUUUAGUCAUAGGAACGCCCAUGUGGAACUUUUCUGUGCCGUAUAUAUUGAAACAGUACAUUGACAUUUCAAUUCAACCGGGGAUCAAUUUCUUAGAGAAACCACUUCGACCGGUAACGUCAGGGAAAUCUUUGGUUAUAGUGACAUCUUGCGGUGGAACUUAUCGUGAUGGGAGCCGUCCGGACUUCUUGGGACCUUACCUGAAGGACAUAUUUCAUAUGGUGGGCUUUGAAAGGGCUUUUGAAGUGAACAUUCAAGGUGCUGCCCAAAAAGACAGGACCAAGUUGUUGAGUAGUGCACGUUUGAAAUUGCUGGAGAUUGCGGCCAACCUUGGCGAAACAAACGGCAGAGCUUCGAGUUGAAUGCUUGAUUUAUCUUGAUCACUCAUGUCAAAAGAAAUGUCCAUGACAAGUCGGAGCCGAGCCAAAUUUUUAAGACCAAUUCACAUUAUUGCAAUAAAAUGCUUACAAGUUAAUCAUAAA